CCUAGCUCCUAACCCUCCAAAAGCCAACGGCCGGUCAAAGCGUCGCCCACCCUCCAAGUGGUAGAGCAAGCAAUCACGCCGGCGCACGCCAUCCAAAUACCAAUAUCAUCUACUCUGUUUUUGUUGGUUUCCAUUUCCUUAUCUGGCAACCGCAAUUUCUUGGAUAGAUAUGUGCUUUUCUUGCGUCUAGUAUUAUGUAAUCGCUAUCGUCAUUAGUUCUAUAUUCAAAUUUCUAUUUGCUCAGAUGGCCUUCAUCUCUACAAAUAGCUCAUCUUCUUGAAGAGGAUAAAAGCCUACUUUGGCAUUUGCAAAGAUGUCCAAGAAGCUGCGAGGAGGUGGUGAAGAAAAAUCUCUAUCGCCUGAGGAGCAGCAAGCUAAGAUAAAUGAUGUUAGGAAGAUCAUAGGUCCUAUCGCUGAUAAGCCGCCAACGCUCUGUUCUGAUGCAUCAAUAUUGAGGUAUCUCAGAGCAAGAAACUGGAAUACAAAGAAGGCAGCAAAAACGUUGAAAGAAACCUUGAAGUGGAGGCUGGAAUUUAAGCCUGAGAAGAUACGAUGGGAAGAUGUUGCUCAUGAAGCUCAAACUGGAAAAGUCUACAAAGCUAAUUAUUUUGACAGGAAGGGGAGGACUGUGCUUAUCAUGAGACCUGGUUUCCAGAAUACAAAUAAUCUGGGAGGACAGAUCAGACAUUUGGUUUACUGCAUUGAGAACGCUAUAAUGACCAUGAAUCCAGAUCAUGAGCAAAUGGUGUGGUUAGUUGAUUUUCAACGAUGGACAAUGGCUAGCAUAUCAGUGAAAGCAGCCAGGGAAACAGCUAAUAUCUUGCAGAAUCAUUACCCUGAAAGACUGGGCCUUGCAAUCCUCUAUAAUCCCCCAAAAGUGUUCGAGUCUUUUUGGAAGAUGGUGAAACCAUUCAUUGAGCCCAAGACAUACAAAAAAGUGAAGUUUGUGUACUGUAAUGACCCACAAAGCGGAAAGAUAAUGGAAGAGUUCUUUGAUAUGGAUAAGCUGGACUUUGCAUUUGGCGGAAGAAGCUCAAUUGGGUUUGACUUUGAAGCUUAUGGCCAAUGGAUGAGGGAGGAAGACAAGAAAAUUUCUGAUUUAAACAGUUCUGAAUUGCCAUCAUUAACACUACCUAUUACAUUGCAAUCAGAGAAUCCAGAAUCAUCAAGUCCAAACCAUGUGGCUUCUUCUGAUGAGGAUGAGGAUGACUCUUCUUCGUCUGUUGAUGAAGGUACUUCGAACUUGAAGCUUCUUGAUGAGAAAACUCAAGAUCAACCUUGUAGCUGCAGAGAUAUUGCACACGGUGAUGCAGCAGUGGUGCGCGGACAGAUAUCAAAUCAUUGACCACAACGCUUAGCAUCUGGACAGUGCUGAUGAGCAAAAGAUUCACGGGAAAAUGUUGCAAAGUUCAAACUCAACGCAGAGAAUUCUGGUAAUGAUGGGUUUUCAAUGAUAUUACUAUUGUUCUGUCCAAUUCUUGAAAAUGUUUGAAUAGUAAACCAUUUCACAUAGUUGGUUUACGGUACAAAAAUCCUCACAAGAUAUAUGUAUAUAUAUAGGCCUUGAUCAAAUAAUCCCUUAAUUCUCCUAAAUUAAGGGAGCUUGUAAUUACUCAUGUUCUCAAGAUCGAAAAGUCACAGGCGAAUGAUAGAAUGGAUUUAAACAAUUGAUAUCGACAUUUUCAUUGAUAGAAUAGAACAAGUAAAAUCAGUUCUAUGCUUUGAA